AAUUUGUAUCGCGUCACUUUCUUUGAAAGCAGCGAUGGGUGGUGAAAGGAAUAAUGCAAUACUCUGUUGGCUGAUCGUCCUGUUUUUAUCUGACUGGUCUGCGGCUCAGAUUUCCUACUCUGUUUCCGAGGAGGUGGACAAAGGGACUGUGGUAGGAAAUCUCGCAAAGGAUUUAAACGUCAAUGUUCGAGACCUACAAACGAGGAAUCUUAACAUCGUGUCUGGGCACAGUAAGAAAUAUUUCGAGGCGAAUUUUAAAACGGGGGAUCUUUAUGUUAAUGAGCGAAUAGACCGCGAGGAGCUUUGUCCAAACACGAUAAAAUGCACGCUAAACUUAGAGGCUAUACUGAGUAAUCCUAUGGUACUCCAUCGCAUUGAGGUGGUGAUUGUUGAUUUAAAUGACAACGCACCUGCAUUUGUGGAGAAGUCAUAUUCACUCAACAUAUCUGAAUUAUCACCUACGGGUGAACACUUCUUGCUACCACUAGCUCUUGAUGCAGAUACAGGAAGCAAUUCAGUAAAGACUUACAGGCUGAGUCAAAAUGAGUAUUUUUCCCUAGAUGUGCAAAGCGGUGGAGAACACAGUGUUUAUGCUGAAUUAGUACUGCAGAAAGCUUUAGAUCGUGAAAAACAAGCUAUAAUUAAACUAUCGCUGACCGCUGUAGAUGGAGGAAAGCCUCCUAAAACCGGAACCUUACACAUACAAGUAAAUGUUCUUGAUGCCAAUGAUAACACACCGUCAUUUAGUAAAACACUUUACAAAGCACGGGUAAAUGAAAAUGCGCCAGCUGGAUCGUUAGUGAUUCAACUGAAUGCCACAGAUUUAGACGAAGGGGACAAUGGGAGGCUCACUUAUUCUUUUGUCAAGCGGGGAAACUUCGAUCCUGCCGAUGUGUUUUCCAUUAAUGCAGAAACUGGGGAGAUCACGGUGAAAGGUAACUUAGAUUACGAAGCACAGGCAGUAUAUGAGAUUCAUGUUCAGGCAACAGAUCACGGCGGUUCGCCUCGGAGAGCAAACGGAAAGCUGCUGGUUGAGGUAGUUGAUGUGAACGACAAUGCUCCAGAAAUUGUGGUGACGUCACUUAUGAACCCGGUAAAAGAAGAUGCUGAAAUUGGAAGUGUUGUGGCUUUAGUGACGGUGACUGAUAAAGACGGAGGAAAAAACGGUCAGACUAACUGUAAACUCAUUGGUUCUGCACCUUUUAAGCUAACUUCCAAUUACAAAAAUUAUUACUCUUUAGUUGUAGAUGGACCUCUUGAUAGAGAAGGAUGCUCCUCUUACAGUGUUACGGUUACGGCUGCUGAUGAAGGGACCCCGCCUCUCUCCAGCACCAGCGUUAUUACGGUUCAUGUGUCUGAUGUUAAUGAUAACGCGCCUCAUUUCCUUGAACCCGUGAUUAAUAUUUAUGUGAAAGAAAACAGUCCUGUUGGAGCUCGCAUAUAUACGAUAACUGCAGUCGACCCUGACAUAAAUGAAAACGCGAGAAUUACAUACUCAUUAGAUGGCGACUCAAAAAGUAUUCCUAUAACUUCAGUUGUGAACAUAAAUUCAGAGACUGGAGAUAUAGUCAGCCUGCAGUCA